AUGACUGACUGCAAACCUUGCACCACGCCAGUUGAUACUCAGCCUAAGAUGUCUGGUACCGACGGGUCUCCUAUCAAUGAUCCGACUCACUAUCGCAGCUUGGCAGGCGCUUUGCAGUAUCUGACUUUCACUCGCCCGGACAUCUCCUAUGCUGUUCAGCAAGUAUGCCUAUAUAUGCAUGAUCCUCGGGAGCAUCAUCUCGCUACUGUCAAGCGCAUUUUGCGCUACCUUCACGGGACCGUCGACCACGGCCUUCUUCUCCGCCGCUCCGCACCUGACGAGCUCGUUGUCUACUCCGACGCCGACUGGGCCGACUGCCCUGAUACACGCAAGUCCACUUUGGGCUACGCUGUCUUCUUGGGGGCCAACCUAGUCUCGUGGUCGUCGAAGCGGCAGCAGACCGUCUCUCGGUCCAGCGCGGAGGCCGAGUACCGCGCUGUGGUCAAUGGCGUCGUUGAGGCCACCUAG